UAAUGUUAGGCGUUUCCAAGUUCUAACUGUCUCGAAGGCUGUGUAGGUCCUUACGUUCCUGCAAUGACGACUACUCGACAUAUUUUAGGAAAACAAAAUGAUGUACAAUUACAUGAUUUGUAUGAAUAAUCAAUUGCAUGUAAUUGAACCUUGAAUGUUUGUAGCAGUUAUAUCAGAAAGAUAUUGAGAAACGUGAGAACAUGAAUUAUGAAAACUAGGUCAAAUGUCAUAAGUUACUGUUACAUAUUAAAAUAAGUGUCUGCAUUACAAAAUUAUAAUGUUAUAUUAGUGAUAUAGUAAAGCUGAGAAAUAUCCUUAUAGAUUAUAAACAAUACUCAUGUAUGAUUAAAAUAGCAUACAAUCUACGCCUCUAACGUAGCAACAAUUAUAUGAUAUGCCGUUCACUUUAAAACGUUUUCUGAACGUAUAAAAACCGUGUAUUAAAACAAAUUUGAUUAAUUAGCAAGUUGUUUACCUAAACUAUUCGUACAUUACAAAAUUAAUUAGACGAGAAAAUCCAUCAACCUUUUACAUUAAACAGUGCAUCUUUAAUGUGGUACAACGUUUGAACUGUUGCAAAUGUACGUCAUAUGUUCUUUUAUUCACUUAUACACCGAUGCAUUUACGUUGUAGUUUAUUAUAAAAUAGGAUUAAGUUAGGUUUAAUUAAACAUGUAGUAUUAUAUACUAGGAUGACAGACGUUGAAAUCAUUAUUACAUUAACCAGUGGGGAUUUAAUUGUGCAUUAGACUUAUAUAUAUAAUUACCAAGACUUCAUAAUGUUGCUUCAUAAAAGGUCAGCAUUAAAUGUAUGGUUGAAGUAGAAUAUAAAAUAUUGUAUUUUAUCUCAGGUCGGUCGGGAUCUUUGAUAUUUUUUUUUAAUUUUCAUCUUUGAAACGUAUGUUCAGAAAUAUGUCUUCAGGUAGAUUUAUUAUUAGAACAUGUUUCCAGUUAUCUGCUUUAUUUUUUUUUCACAAAAAAUAUUGAGCGCGUGAAUGGUGGACACCAACUUUUAUCAGAACGUGACGAAACUGCAUUUAGUGGUUUUCGUCAUCACCAAAUUGUGUAGUGUAUGUAUACGUUCGUCAAGUUUGUAUUGUUGUUUAAAAGUUCAAAUCACUUGUCAUUAUGUUAUAAAGUGCAUUAUGUUUGAGGAAGCUGUAUUUAGUGUUUUAAUUUUAAUGUUUGACAGCUGCUUCUAUACCGUCUACUAAGUAUAUGUUUUUGUCAUGUAUGACCCAAUAUAUUAAUGGCAGUUCACAUGAAACUGAGUUUGAACUGAAGGAAAUGACGCAUGCCGCAUCAUUGUGUAGGUAUUGAAGUGUAUAUAUCGAAUAUAGACUAUCAACUUCACAUAAUCAUCAAUCUUUCCAUAAUUCUAUUGAUUCAAUAUCUUAAGGAUACUUUCUUACUCCCAAGUAAGAAGUAACACAAUUAAUAGAAAUGUUUUAAAUUUACUGAAAAGCAUGAAUAAAUAUACAAAAUUAUUCUAAUGACGGAUACAGUCUUUACUUUAAAAGAAAGGUGCAGUUAACACGGUAGCUUUAUUUUAUGAGACGAUAGUUGAUCACUGUAAAUGUUUUAGGACCCUUCAAUCAUUAAAUAUCCGUGCGCUUGCAGCUAUAAAAUACACGGCUACAGUCUUGUUAUUAGUAAUUAAUUAAUUAGUAAACGGUUUAUCACUCAAAAUCUAUGUACUUUGUAAUUCAGGUGCAUAUAUUGAUUUUGAAUGCGAGUGUAAAUUUGAAAAUUCGAUGGAAAUUUACAUCUUAAACGGUAGUCAAAGGCCAUAUGGCUAGUUUGUCUAUCUGCGUUUCUCGCGAACUUUUUAGCGCUGGGUGUAUUUUUCUCGAUGGGGACAUUGUUGUCAGAUAUUAUGGACACAUUCAACGUAACCCGUGCCGAAGCGGCACUUGUACAGUCUGUGGGCAUCACAGUUAGUCUCUGUUUUGGCUUUUGCCACGGAUGCUUGGUACAGACGUUUGGUGUACGAAAUGUUGCGAUAUUUCUUUCCUGUUGCAUGUCCGUGGGUUUUGGCAUUUGCUUUUUUGCUACGUAAAUCACAUUCCUAGUGAUAUCGAUGGGAUUAUUUGGAUGUAUUCCUGUCAGUGGAAUUAUCAUAACAAGUGCCCCUGCUAUUGGUCGUCAUUUUCACGGCAAACAGGGAAUAUUUUUCGUAACCUUUAUCAAUGUUGGAUCUGGCCUGGGCGGUGUAUCUUUUCCUUAUCUUUUUAAUUAUCUGACAUAGUAUUUUGGGUGAACAUACCUGGGCACAGCACAGCAUGCAGCUCUUACACAUCCUGUUGCAGUUAUAGCAUAACAAAGGUGUUGAUGGCUAGUUUGUCUAUCUGCGUUUCUCGCGAACCUGUUAGCGCUGGGUGUAUUUUUCUCGAUGGGGACAUUGUUGUCAGAUAUUAUGGACACGUUCAACGUAACCCGUGCCGAGGCGGCACUUGUACAGUCUGUGGGCAUCACAGUUAGUCUCUGUUUUGGCUUUUUCCACGGAUGCUUAGUACAGACGUUUGGUGUACGAAAUGUUGCGAUAUGUCUUUCCUGUUGCAUGUCCGUGGGUUUUGGCAUUUGCUUUUUUGCUACGUCAAUCACAUUCCUGGUGAUAUCGAUGGGAUUAGUUGGAGGUAUUCCUGUCAGUGGAAUUAUCAUAACAAGUGCCGCUGCUAUUGGUCGUCAUUUUCACGGAAAACAGGGAAUAUUUUUCGUAUCCUUUAUCAAUGUUGGAUCUGGCCUGGGCGGAGUAUCUUUUCCUUAUCUUUUUAAUUAUCUUACGGACACCUUUGGGCUAAGGGGAACAUGUCUGAUCACUGGUGGGAUUUUUCUUCAUAUGAUACCAUUAACAUUGCUAUGGAAACCACCUAUUACAAGGAAAUCGAGGCAGUCAACAAAUUUGCAAGAUGUAGCUGGCGAAGUUAAUAAGGCGUAUCAUGCUGGUAGAAGUGAACUUAAUGAUGCAGAUCAAGUUUGGAAUUCACGAACGAACAAAAGCGACGUUAUUGAUGCUACACUUACAAAUCAAACAUUAACAUCCGUUAAAGGCGAAAAUAAUACAAGCAAUGGCGACGGAGGUGCGGUUUGCACAACACUAAAGAAACUUUUAGCAGAUACAGCUUAUAUGUAUUUUGCAUUUGGAAUUGCAACAGCAUACUCAUGUAACACAGUGUUCUAUGUGUAUGUGGUCGACGCACUUCAGGAUUCGGGGUUUUCUGAAAUCAAUGCUACGUUAGGUCUACUUUUAAUGAACCUAGCUGGCAUUCUUGGACGGUUUCUUCCAGGCUCUUUGACACAAACUAAACAUAUAACUGUUUUGAAGAUUCCAAUGAUUGCAUGCAUUAUGAUAAUAUUAUCGCAGCUUGGAUUAACACUUAUCAGUAGUGUUUUUACAAAUUUCCUGUCGUGCAUUUUAGCGGGAACAGCAAUUGGAAUGUUUUCUUCUACUUUUGGUGUGGCCACUUUGAAACUGGUUGGCACUGAGCGACAAGCCACUGCAAUGGGAAUUUGUUUAAGUCUCUCGGGGAUAACAAAUGCCGUUUUGGGACCAAUAGGAGGAUUGAUCCGAGAUAAAACAGGAUCUUAUACGAUUCCGUUUCUACUUUCGGCCUCAGUGGAAGUCCUAGCAAUCGUUCUACUCAUAAUGGCACAGUUUUACAGAUUCAAAGAUCGAAGAUCAGCAGAAAAACAGAUGCCUGUGUAUUAUAACACACGGUUUUGAUGUGCAUUUCAACUAGCUUGACGGAUGUUUUGAAUAUUUUCCAUAUGGACGAAAAGUGGACACCUAAGCAAAAAAAUCAAGUACUUACUAGACAAACUCGAACAGCAAAACUACAAGAGGCAAAUACAUCAUUGGACACUCUUCAGUGUAUUAAUAUUUUGUUUGUCAAAAAAUGUUUAAAAAAAAUAUAAAAGAAAUGUUUUAUAAAUUUAAAACAAUAAAUAUAUAAU